UUCAACGCGUUGCGUUUCCAGCGACCAAAUAAAAUUAUGGAUGUUUCCCUGCAAUGGAAACGGAUGUGUCUUCUCUUCAUGGCGCAUAUUUAUUACCGUGUGCAAUAGAGUUUCGAACGGAAGCAUUGUCCCAGUAACUUUUGCGAUCAGUCUGCUCACAGUCAGGCAAUUUUCCUGCAAUGCAGCACAGAGAGUUCAGAGCGUUUCUAAUUAUUUCGAUAUGGAUAUCAAAAUUCAUUUACACGAGUGCUCAAACCACCAAAGAAGUCUGUUAUAUUAAAGAUAUGACCAAAGAAGAAGACCUUUACUGGAGAGAAAAAGCGAGUGAGCAUAAGUGCUUCCGAAAGUGCCAAAAUUUGUUUUCAUCAGACCUGGAUCUGGAUUCGAUUUCGUUGAAGCCUGAAUUUCGGGAGCCAGUUUUUGAACGACCGCAGGAGUUGGUUAACUGCUUCAGAAUGGCAAGAAAAGUAACUACGAUUUGCAGAUACAAGACAAACGGAAUUCCUCUGCAGCAGUAUGGUGAUCUUCCGUUAGUUCACUUUGCUUCUGACGCAGUGCCUAGGUUCCAGGCAGAAAAAUUUUGCAAGUGGCGUGGGCUCAAUUUCGACCUAGAGCAAGUGAAAAAUAUACAGCUAAACGUUGAUCGAAUCUGGGCUCCAAAUUUGCAAUAUUCUGAUUCGAAUCUCACCUGCUUUGUUUUCGUUAGGAAAUUCGGGACCUUCGUGAUGGAGCAGGACAACUGUCGCAACAAAAACGCGUUUUUGUGCACCUUGCCCGAAGCCUGUCACACUACCUCUUGCAUUUCAAAUAGCCAGCAGCUGAAAUCCCAGAAAGCAACAUGCUACCCUCGAUGUCGUAAACCAGACUGCAAUGAGGAGUCAAGUUGCAUAAAAAAGACAAUAAAGAAUAUCCAAUUGAGGCUGACGGUGUGCGCUUUGAAGCUUGUGGUCGAAGAUAUGUCUUGUCAAAAGCGACGGUGA